AUGGCAGUCAUUCCUAGCCUUUCGCUCGAAGCAGGCGCGCCGCCACGCAUUGCUCUGGCUUUGACAGGCCUGGGCCUGGUGCUGAUCUUGGCAUACUUUGUGGUCACAGUUGUAUACAAUGUCCUGUUUCACCCGUUGUCGAAAUAUCCUGGCCCGAAGUCGAUGGCGGCCACACGUAUACCCUAUAUUAGGAUGAUAUUAGGUGGGCGUUUGCCACAACAGGUCAAAGCUUUGCACGAAAAGUAUGGCGGAGUAGUUCGUAUUGCUCCCGAUGAGCUCUCAUUCAUCGACGGGGACGCAUGGAAGGUGAUCUAUGGUACACGUCCGGGCCAUGGGCAAAAGGAUAAGGAUUAUCGAUUCUAUCCACCAACGGCUGGAGGCGCCCCGAGCAUCAUCAAUUCCAAUAACGUGGAUCAUUCUCGUUUUCGCAGGCUCUUGUCGCACGCAUUUUCGGAUAGCUCGCUGCGUGGCCAGGAGCCUAUCAUCCGUGGCUACGUGGACCUCCUGAUGCAGCGCCUCUGGGAGAAAAUCGAGGAUGGCAAGCCCGUCGUAGAUUUGGUGUCUUGGUACAAUUUCACCACAUUUGAUGUCAUUGGAGACUUGGCGUUUGGGGAGCCUUUCGACUGCCUCAAGAAUUCCGAAUAUCACCAGUGGAUCACCAUACUCUUUAGCCACCUUCGCCUCGGAGCCUAUGCAAAUGUGUCUCGACGUUUCCCUGGUUCCAAAUAUCUUUUACCGCUCAUAACACCUAAGCGUAUCAUGAACCAGAGAAAUGCGCAUAUGGACAUGACCAAGGAGAAGGUCAAGGCCCGGCUCACCAAAUCGAACGAAAGAGCGGACUUCUUUGGAAAUAUCUUGAAGUAUAAUAACACUGAGAAGGGAUUCAGCUUCCCGGAAAUGAUCACAAAUGGUAGCACGCUGAUUAUUGCCGGCUCUGAAACCACUGCAACCUUGCUGUCGGGAGUGACCUAUCUCUUGUUGAGGAAUCCUCGGGUGUUGGCAAAACUGCAGCACGAAAUUAGGUCGACAUUCCAUAACGAGGAUGAAAUCACUUUGGAAUCCUGCAACAAGCUGGAGUACUGCCUGGCCACUCUGACUGAGGCACUUCGAUUGUAUCCGCCAGUGAGUGUCGGCCUGCCUCGCAUUGUAGAUGCUCAAGGGGAUAUGAUUGCUGGCAACUGGGUACCUGGAGGGACCAUCGUUUCGGUCGGCCAGCUGGCAGCAAACCAUUCACCCACCAAUUUUGUCGAUGCGGAUCAAUUUCUUCCAGAGAGACACUUGGCGGACCUGGAUCCACGAUUUGCUAAUGACUCCAAAACUGCGAUGCAGCCCUUCAGCUUUGGCCCACGGAAUUGUAUUGGUCGGAACUUGGCGUAUGUCGAGAUGCGUAGCAUUCUUGCCAGAAUGAUUUUCAAUUUUGACAUGGAGCUUGCAGAGCCUGAAAAGGAGUGGCUCGAUCAGGACUGCUUUGUACUCUGGGACAAGCCGGCCUUGAAUGUUAAGUUGUCAGCAAGGGACAAGCAACGGUAG